ACAUCAUCUUCAGAGAGCGACAGAGAUGUGCAGCAUGUGUAGUCGUGGAGGUUGUCUAUUAGCUUAUUGCCAGCUUUAGCAUUAGCUUCAAGAGCCAAGACUUUAGAACACUCUGAGGUUCAACUCCUGUCACGCUUUGAAGGCAUAUUGUCCGUUCUUUCUGUUUUGAUGGUAUAGGAGHGUCAAAGUGGUGAAGAUUUAUUUGAAGAGAAGAUUUAACUCCAGUAUUUUCAGCUAACCGUAUCAGCUCCUGGCGAAUGUGUGCGCUCACUCGGCCAUCUUGGUCCACCCCCCUGGAUAUUUAAAAGUAUUUGAAUAUUCACCCUGUUGGAUUUCACUGCCUGUUUCUUGGUCAUUCAGUUGUUUACUUGGUGUCCUCACUCACUUUGAGAAGAAAGAAUCAAAGUUCAGAACCAAAACCUUCAGAGACCAGACCAGAGUUGAGUCCAGUCCAGCACCAUGUUUGUCUCCAUAGUUCUGCUGUGGUUCUGUUUCUGCUUCAUCCUCUUUCAACUUAAAGCUCGGAGACCCAAGAACUUCCCACCAGGACCCCCCAUCCUGCCGGUACUGGGGAACUUCUUGUACCUGGCCUCAGAAAAACCCCUGAAGGACCUUGAAAAGCUCAGACAGACCUAUGGAAAUGUCUACAGUCUGUUCCUUGGUACCAGACCAGCUGUGGUCAUCAAUGGGUUGAAGGCCAUGAAGGAGGCCAUGUUGGUUAAAGCUACAGACUAUGCUGGUCGACCUCAAGACAUGUUAAUUGGUGAUGUAUUUCAGCGUAAAGGAAUUAUUUUUGUUGAUUAUGGGCCUGUUUGGAGGGAACAUCGUCGUUUUGCAGUGAUGACUCUGAGAAAUUUUGGUCUGGGGAAGAAAUCCAUGGAGGAGAGAAUUCAUCAAGAGAUUCAGUUCACCGUUAAAACACUGGAAAAGAGCAUUGGUAAAAUUAUGAGUCCUCAGGUGAUGUUCCAUAAUGCAGCCUCCAACAUCAUCUGUAAGGUUCUGUUUGGGACCCGUUAUGAGUACGAAGAUGAAACCAUCAAAAAGGUUGUUCGAUGGUUUACAGAGAUGACUAAAAUAGCCAAUGGACCGUGGGCUAUGCUGUACGACUCGGUUCCAUAUGUUUCCUACCUGCCGCUGCCCUUUAAAAAGGCCUUUAAGAACAUGGAGCUGUACCUCGACUUUUCAAAUGGUUUGGUGAACGAGCACAAGAGGACCAGAACCCCUGGAGAACCUCGAGACUUUGUGGACUGCUACCUGGAUGAACUGGAUAAACAGAGAGAAGAUUCUUCAUUUUCUGAGGAACAGCUCAGAAGGAUCACUUUUGAUCUUUAUAUUGCUGGAACUGACACCACCUCCAACACCCUCCUGACUGGGUUUCUGUACCUCAUGAACCAUCCUCAGGUCCAAGAUCAAUGUCAGCAGGAGAUAGAUCAGGUUCUGGAUGGGAGGGAUCGGGUCAGUUUUGAGGACAAACACAACAUGCCUUACAUGCAGGCUGUGAUCCAUGAAGUCCAGAGGGUUGCCAACACUGUUCCUCUCAGUGUCUUCCACUGCUCCACUAAAGACACAGAGCUGAUGGGAUAUGACAUUCCCAAGCCUGUGUGGUGUUCUGGCCGUUCCUCCUGAGAAGUACUUAUCUGUAAGUUUUUACUGCCUUCAGCCCUCUUUUUUAUCAUAAUAAA